AUGGCUGGUGAAGGUGGUGUUGACAUUGAUUUGUAUGCAACAGUAGAUGAAUUUGAGCCAGAAGUGAGUGGACAGGUAAGAUUUAGGGAUCAUUUUAGGUGCUGAGUUUACUAGCUUCCAAGAACUUACCGCGCGUACGUAGAUAUUUUGUUUGACAGACUUGCAAAUAACCAACAAAAAUACUAAAUAUUUAGCCUUUUGAGUAAGUUACUAAUGAGUAAGUUACUUAUGAGUAAAUUCGAAAAAAAGAUCUAUUGUGGAAUACGAUGGGUAUGUCCUUUGCAAGAUAGUGUCUAAAUUUUCUGAAAGAAGACAAGGUUUGGUAAGUUAUCAAUUUGAAAAAAGUAUAAGUCAGCUAAUUUUUCACGUGGCUUGUCAGACUGCUUGUACUCUUGCUGUCACUUUGUUGCAUUGCAUAUGUGCUUUUGAGUUUUAUUUUUGGUAAUCCUUUACUUUAAAACAAUGGAAUUGGAAGUUUUCCAUUUUCUUUAAAGGAUCAACUUUGCAAACGCCAUCUCCACAUCUCCACACUGAAACAUCUGUGUUAUAAAGGCCCACAAUCUGCGAAAACUUCACUUUUUUAAAGAAAAAUUCCUAUUUCAUCCAUUGAUUCUAGGACAUUUAAGCUUGGGCAAUGGGCAAUAGUGCAUUUCAAAGAAAGGAUUUUUGAUUGAAGAAAAUGUGUCAGUUAAGAUAAGGCCUUAGUGGUUGGGUAGCAUCAAACGGUGGUUAGCAGUGGUCCUCUUCUGCUUAUCUUGUUUACUUCCUGAAGUGAUUAACAUGUAACUUCUCCUACAAUAUCCAUUCGUUAAUCAGCAAACAGGUAAUAAGAAUACUCAAACUUAUCAGGCAGUUGUUAUCUUGAUCUAGCACCAAAUUUUGUAACUUAUUGACCAAGAAAUGUGUAGUGGCUAGUAGGAAGAAUUAACUAUCAGAUCUUAGAAGUUAAAGGGUUAACAGGCCUUUUAGCACUAUAGGGAUAAAAGAAAGACAUUGAUCCUUUAAAAUUUCUCAGUACCAUUCCACUCAGUGCAGCCACUGAUGAUACACAUUCCUGAAAGCCUUGCACAUAUGAAACAACUUUUUGUCAUUUUUUAUCAAUAGCACCUUGGAAGUGAAGGCUUGGACCUGUAUGAUGAUGUACUAACAACUGGAGGAGUUGAGGAUGAAGCAUUACAAGCACAUGUAUGGAAAAAUCUACCUAGAGUUCUAUCAGACCUUAUUUUAUUUUUGUACACUCAAGCCAAGUAUUUGCAUGACAUCACAUAGAGCAAUGAUGAAUUUUUGCAAUGACCGAUUGCUUCUGCACUUUGUAUUCCUUAGCAACCUGCAUACUUCCCAAAAAAAAAUCAUCUUUGCUUGUUGUUACUAGUUAAAGUAAACUGGUGUUUCCUGUUUGAAACUCAAUGUUCUUCUUACUGAAUGUUGUCAGCAAGGUAAAAUUUGCUACUUGCCAUCUCUUUAUUAGUACCUGCUACCAUUUUGGAUUCUUGAAAAUUCAUCUGCCAAUACUACAUAUUUGCCAGUUUUGAACUUAGCUCUUUCACCAUAAAAUAAGGAAAGUACUGCAAGCACUCAAUCAGAGUAGCAGUUUCUGACUAGAUUGUAUUCAGGAACCUUCUAAUAUUUUGACUCUGGUGGGAAUAACAGAUCAAUUUUGCUACAGGAUGCUCCACAUGCUUAAUUUUAUAUUUUCUGAGUGUUUUACAGAAUGAGACAUUUAUAAAGCAUGUUUUGUAAGAGGGUACCAGGAUAUGACAUCUAGGCAUCCAGCCUUACUAAAAUAGGGGCACCUAUGUAAAAUAUGAUGAAGCAGCUGGGCAAAGUCGCAGCAUGUCAAUUUGCCCAUUGCCUGCCCCUUAAUGAAACCUCUGCAUUCUGUAACUGUACUUAUUGCUUAAGAGUUGUAAUAUCAUUAAUUUUAUAGUAUGAAGAUGACGUUGUUGCAGUUGAUAUUGCUCCUGAACCAGCCAUGCCAGUACAGCAAGGUACAUAGUGCUAAAUAUUGAAGGAAGGUUAAUAAUCUAGUUUAUAUUUCGAUAAAUUGUCUUUCACUUGAGAGUAUAAUAUGUAUUUGAUUUUAACUGUCUUUCUAUAGGAGUUUAUGAAUACAAAUCAUACACAACAGUCCAUCCUAAAUCAGCAGCAGGACGAAUCUCACACACCUACUAUGAAAGAAACAAAGGAAAACCCCUAUAUGUUGGCAACUUGACAUGGGUAUGUUAGAUUUCUAAUAAGAAUAUCAUCAAUGGCUAGUGUAGUUUAUUGACAGUGAAUUGUGAUUGCCGACAUGCUGAGCUCAGUCCCAGAACAUCUGAGGAGAGAAUGCUCCACCUGGAUUGCCUCUUCAUUUGGAGUUGAGGGGAUGAUUUUUCUUUUUUCUUUGGAAAGAAUUGCUGAAACCCCCAAUCAUGACCCCACUAAGGCAUCACAAUUACCAUGUUUGAGGGCAAUUGAUCACUUUUUUAAUUUCCUGGAAAGGAAAUUGUUUUUCCUUUUUUUUAUUAUUAUUAUUAUUAUUAUUAUUAUUGUUUUAAAUUUGAAAAGAACAGUUCUUGAGUUUUAGUUAAGUCUUAGGUCUUAAUCCUUGAACUCCCAAAAGAGAUUCAAAGAGUAACUCAAACUUAUCUGAUAUAAGUUGUUAUCUUGAUUUAACAUAAAAUUUUGAUUACUAAUUUACAAGGAAAUUUGUAGCAGCUACAGGGGAGAAUUAGCAAUCAGAUCUUUGGGGUUAAAGGGCUAAGCAGUACCAUUCUGGCUUCAGAGCUGUAAGGGAAAAUGUCAACCAAAGUGAUCAUUGUAAAACAGGGCUUUUGGUCAUGCAGAUGGUGUUAAGAUGUCUGAAAAUCAUUCCAUGUUAUUUUAAUAUCAGGUUUGCAGGUAAUUUAUUGUUCCUAGCAUUGGAAAAUUAAAUCUUGAAUGGAUUAUUGUGUUUUUUCCUUGUUUAGUGGACAAAUGAUCAAGAAUUAACAGAAUAUUUGCAAGAGUGUGGUGUAACAGAUCUGCUGAACAUUAAGUUCUUUGAAAACAGAACAAAUGGUCAAUCCAAAGGGUGAGUAGGUGACAGUGAAGAUUUAACUUCUGUACCACUUUCAGUUUAGUCGUUAAGUCCAGUGACUCAUUGUUUUUCAAUAAAUUUUAUAAACUGAAUGUUAUUUGUAGUAAAGUCAGGGUUUGUGUGUGUGUGCAAGGUAUUCAUGUGAUCUCAAAUAUUUCAUCAUCCAUUGCAAUGUUCUAAUUUUUUUCACCUUUUAGUUUAUUUGGGGUUAUGUACUAUCAGUCAAGGAGAUAAUAAAACUGUGGAUGGUUUCUAAUUGAUUCAAUAUAAACCCUUUACUGAGCCAUUAAGAAUGGUUUUUUUAAUUGAUCUGCCCAUCAAACAUUCCUAGUGAUGUCUCAACAACACAUUUUCAGUAUUGUACAUUUUUUUAUUUACAUUUUCCUAUCACUAAUUUUAUGUGAAAGAUCAAGUCGGACAUAAUAACCAUUUAAGAAGCUGUCACCAACUUAACAUUUCAAUAAGUCAAGGUUUAAAUAAGGUGGAAACAAAGAGAGGCUGUCAAUGUUUCAGUUGUUACAAACCACUUAAACUGAGAAACUACUAAAUAGAGAAUGGUUUGGCUCUGAGUUGGUACAAUUGUUUUUGUGAUGCACAGCAAUCAAUAAUUAUAAUGGCAGACAUGAGGCAGUGAUGUGUGCAGGAUGAACACAUGGGGAAAAUUUUAUUUUACAGGGUGAUCUCUUCUGGGGGAAGUCCUGAGAGGACUGUUUAAGGUGAAAGUGAGCUAUAUUUUGACAACUGUAGGGGAAGUUAUGAUCAGGGUGAAGUAAUGAUUCUGAUGAUGACCUUUCACUGUAGUUACCAAAACAGCAGCCAUUAUCACCAACAACAGGUAGACUCAGGAGCAUCCUGGGUCUCUUAAAUCUUUUUCAAAGUCAGAGUCAAAGACUUAAGAUACCCAGGGCUUAACUCCCUGAAGAUCGGGGUGGAUGGUGCUGUCAAACAUAAACUCUAGAGGCAACCUAAGGAAGCACUCACUUGCAAUCAUGUACUGACUCUGUGUUACCUACUCACAGCUCUUUCUGCUAUUGAGUGACAAUGGAUAGCAGUGGGUUCUGGGAACGGGAUGGAAGGAAGAAUUCACCUAACUUACUUCAAAGAAAACUCAUUAGCCAAUGAGAAUAAUUGUUACCAAAAAAUCUCACUUGUAUUUGAUUGACUUUUGUCAAAAAAAUUUGGAAAACAAUUUGUACAGAGGGAAAAUACUCCAAUAUUUUUUGUAAAACAAAAAAAAAAGAGAGAGAGAGAUAAUGCAAUUAACACUGUACCAUAGAAGAAACAACAAAUGAGAAACAUACAAGUAAAUAUUUUUUAUGGCUCUUUAUUUAAACAAGAACUUAAAUGUCUAAUUUGUAAAUAUAUUUAAAUUAAACUUGACUGUAUUUUUCUAUAUGUAUAGUAGGAUUUGUAUAUGCUCAAUUAGAACAUUGCAAGUUAUGUAUAGCUUAAAUACAAAUUUAAUGUAAAAUGACUUUGAAACUGUACAGGUGUAUUUCCAAUGUUAGUAGAAAGUUUUGUCUUCAGAAAACUACAUGCAGAUUGAAUUGUCUAUGGGCAAAAUUUUGUUUGAUGUCUUUUAUUCCAAUCUGUGAUAAACCUGCAAUUUUAAAUAAACUGGAAGGGUUGAAACUGGUUUUGAAUUCACUGUGCUACAUUUUACAAGACACUGACACCUUUUUACAAUAUUAUCUAACUUCCAACCCAAUUACCACAGACAACCAAUAAACACAGAAUACUGUGCUUAUCAGUGGCAAUCUACUAUAAUUACAACAGCACACUCCUAACUGCUCUGCUUAAGACAAAUGUGUGUCAGUAUCAUGGACUUAUAAUGGGUGGCAAUGUUUUUUCAAGUAGAAUACUGAUUCUUCUGUUCAACAUACACAAAAUGAGUUCCAUCAAUGUUUCAAUCAAUUCAGGUGUGAAGUUGCAACAAAAUUGUUGCCAGACAUGCAUUUCAGGCACGCUGAUAAAUCUACAUGCAACUUAUGCUUUGUCCAAAUUGGAAGCAAACUUCCAGAGAAAUACUCCUUUCUUGGCUCCUAGUGUUUCUCUUAUUCUCAUCUUGGCGCAUUUGAUACUGCCUGGAAAACAACACAGUUUCCCUCGCCAACAGACAAAAAGUGUUCCAUGCUCACUUAAACUGAAAAUUUUUCUUUUUUAAUAUUUUGAAACAGUUUUGUUUUGAUAUCCUAAAGAUAAAAACAUAUUUUGGGAUUGAAAACCUAAAACAAAGCUUCCUUUCAAAUAUUCAACCCUCUCUUUCUUGAGAAAAUUUAUUGAAGACCCCUUGGCCAGGUGCAAAGUUGAGAAUUUGUGGUACCCAAAACAUGAUAAAAUGUUGUAUGCGAGAGUUGUAGUUCCAUUAAAGGGCAUUCUAAAGUGGUGAAAAUUUUUCUAAGUUGGCUUUGUGAAUCUGCUUGUUCUUCUGGUUGCUUUCCACCCUGAAACAAUCCACUCUGCUUAAGAUGUGAUCAUGGCCUCAACACUUUAACCUGUUACAAUCUGAAAUCAGUAUGCAUAUUUUCCAAACUGUUUUCUAUACAUUUCCUCAGGUGCUGACAAGGAGAAUUUGUCUAAUGAUCAAGAGUUUCUUUCGUUGAUGAUCAUUUUCUUUAUUUUCCUGACUUAACAGUUUGAUUCUGGGGUGAUGCUGUAAGGAGAGAUUAGAUGCCAGCCUCUUGUAGGGUGGAUGCUUAAUGCUCCCCAGCUGGAGCAAAGAUACCUUUAUCUCUUAAUCUAAUCUCUCACUUAUGGAAGUCAAAAGGUUAACCAUUGGCAAAUUCCUACCUUAUAAAUCCUCAAAAAAUGUUUGACAUAUGGCAGAUUUCAACCUUCCAGUUAAUUUUUCUUGCAGUUUUAUCAUGCAUCUCAUAAGCAAUAAUGCAAUGAGUUUCUUGCAAGCAAUUCCAGCUGCUUGGGUAGUUUUACCAUUUAAUACUAAUGUAAUGGGUAUUUGUACACUUGUUAAUAUGCUGUGCUGGCAUGGCACACAGUAUGUUACCUUUUUGAUAGUCUUGAUAUAUUCCAACUAUGAAUUUGUUAAUUGUAUCCAAAGUUGUUCAGUGUGAGGUGUUGGAUUGCCUUCUCAGCUCAAGCUAUAUAGUUGUUGUGUUUGUAAAUACUAGUGUACAUGAUUGUAUGUGUAUAGGGCUUUGUGCAAAUAAAUUUCCAACUUUUUGAAAUUCUCUACCAAUUUGAUAGCAUUGGAUUUAACCAAAAUUUUGAAUUCCUAUGAACUGAAAUUUCUUUUUGAUAAACUGGAUUGAAUUUUUGCAAUUCAUUAUUUUUUUGUGCUUCACUUGUUGGAUUGCAUCUUGCAUCAGGCAUUAUUACUACGGCUGUAAAAUUUUUCUCAGUAACCUUGGCUCUUCAUUAUCACAGAAUUGUUUCAUCAUGUGUCUGUAGAUCCUUUUCUCAGUGCUUGGUGCCUCAAAAUAGUUACUUUUCAAGAUCUCUUUUCUUUUUGGAUUCUUUCUGUAGAUAGGGAAUCAGCCUGGUCAAAAAUCUUAAGUGCUGUUGACAAUAACAAUUUUUUAUCAUAACGACAAGAUUAAAAACACUUGCCAAAUAUCACCUUAAGAAGGAAGAAUGAGUUGUUGACAAACAUGGUGACAAAUUACUUGACACAGAAAUAGAUUUUUUAUGUUACAAAAGGUAGACCUGUUCUCUUUUUUUAAAAAAAAAAUGUUUCAGAGAAUCUAGACUAUCCUCUCUUGAUAUCCUCAAAACAAGACUUGCACAGAUAAAACACUUUUUGUUGAACUUUUCUAUUUUGCCCAAAUUCUUCAACAACAGCAUAUGAAAAAAAAAAUCAUUGUAAUGCAUGUAAUUGUUUUCACAUUGAACAAAAGCAAGCAUUUGCCAGGGUUGUUGGUGCUAUGUACAAGUGAGUAUCUGUAAAAGUUGUGUUGAAUACAGUCAGUGAUUGGUUUAAAAAGUGAAAUUAAUUUAUUUCUUAUGAUUUCAAAGCACUUGAAUUUUUUGCAUUUUAUCUUUAUCUUUAUGAUUUUAAAGCUGAUCUGUUUCAUCAUCAUUAAAUUAUGUUAAACUCUCACGGAUGAUUAAAUUGCAUUUGCUCAUUGAUUUGACACUUUCACAACCAGAGAGGAGUUACUUCUUCAGACAACAUUAAAUUCUCCUUGGUGAUUUUAAAGGAAAUUAAUGGUAGAUGCUGAGAGUGAAGGGUUAAAGUUUGGCAAAAAUUAGAAGUAUUUACCAGUAAUUUCAUUCUCCCCAACUUUCAGCUUUGCAAUGAUUGAGCUUGGCUCUGAGACAUCAGCCUUACUUGUUACAGAAAAAUUGCCCAAAAUGUAAGUAUAUGUUAAAUAUAAUCUCACAAAUAAUUUUAAGCAACACAUGACAGUCUGCAGUCUUUCCUUACAUCUAAGCAGGUCUGAAAGUCAAAUUGGCACUCUUAAUCCCCCCAGUAUCUUGAAAUGCUUUUAAUUCCACUAAUUUAUUCUGACUUGUGUUUUACACAAUAUCAUGUUUCAUCAAUUGUGUUGCUUCAUCUUUCAGUAUAAAAACCAAGACCCAUAAAAUCAAAACCCACAAUUCCUUUAUUCACUCUGACCAAGGACUAACAUUGAAAAUCAGCUUAAGAAAUUUUUUAAAGUGGCCAAUUUACUCUAUCACCUCACUUGAUUAAACCAAAUUAACUCCUGUGAUGUAGAAUUUGGCAGUCUACAACACUUUGCAUGUAAGGUUUCAGAACUGUACCCCAUUCCUACAAGGUAUUACGUUAGAGCAGUGGGCAGGAAUUAUAUUCUGUUCUUGUUUUCUUUUUGAUCAGGGAGAUUCAUGGACAAUAUCCAGUUGUCACGCCAGCCACUAAACAGUUUUUGCAACAGUUUGAAGCUCAAUCUAGGAAAAGUAAGAGGCAGCAUAUUUAAGUUAUUUUACUUUUUUGUGGCUUGAUUAACUAUACAUUGGAGGAUUUAGUUCUAAAAAAGGAAGUAAGCACCCAUUUUGAAUUAACCUCUCUCUGUCUGACAAGGCUCCACUAUGAUUCCCCAGUGUCCUCACUCUUAAUCAAGUUAGUACAAUUUGUGUAUCUGAUGGAGAAUUGGUGCAAUCAACUGUCAAAAAUUCCUUAUUGGACUCUGCUAUGAUAUCCACUUAUUCUUUGGAAACAUUUGUCACUGUGACUAGCUUCAGUUCUUUCCUGGAAAUCCUCACCUAGACAACUUGGGAGACGUGUUGCCCUAUGAUUAGUGGGCUGGUUUCAAGGGGGAGAUGUCCAAGUUUGACACCUGGCCAGGUCAUUGUGUUGUUGUUUUUUUUUGGCUAAACACUUCUCCUACAGUGCUUCUUUCCACCCAGUAGUAUAAAUGGGUCGUGGAAAAUUGUCAGAGAAUCCUGAUGAAAUGCUGGGGGUAACUUUGUGAUGGACUAGUAUCCCAUCCAGCAGAGAUUAGUGAUACUCCUUGUCACUUUAUGUUAAGGAAACCAGGAUAAUAUCCACCUAGAUGGGUCACUUGGCACUAGUAUAGACUUAAUCUACUUACUCACUCCACCCAGCAGGCCACACUAACCAAUCAGCAAUACUGGAAAGUUUACCAAGUACAUUUCUCUUUUAAUUUCACAGAUAAUCCUGGAAGUGGGGGAGGUAGCCACAGUGAACAGGAAAACCAAGGAUAUCAACAAGGUGGUAGAGGGUUUGGUUACAACCGCGGCGGUUUCAGAGGGCGGGGUGGGUUCCCUGUGCGUCCAGGGAUGGGAAGAGGGUUUGAGCAUGGACCUCCACCUGGGGAUAUGGGCCGUGGAGCACCUUGGAUGGGUAAGAAGAGUGUUUAUUUGUGUUUUAUUCCUUUGUUGUCCCAUUUAUCAAAAAUAAAAGGUUCUGUUAUCACUUGAAGAAUAAAAAUCUGGGUGUCUUGUCAAUUACAGCUGAGCACUAAGGUGAGUCACAGGCUCUGGUCUUUGAAAUCAAAGGUGCCAGUUGUCUGUGUGUAUUUUUUUUCUAUUUUAAUGAAAACCUUAGCAAUCACAACACCCAGUAAGAGGGAAGAAAAUUUUCCAUGGUGCCACCAAGAAUGUAAAGGGAAAAACAAGUGAACAAACUUUUCUUAAUUCCAAGUUGAAGCAUGUCCCUGUCAUUGUGUUACAGGACCGGGUCAUAUGGCAAUGCCAAGACAUCCCACUCCUGGAAUGCCACCUUUUUAUGGAGAGCACCCACCUGCUUACAACCCAAUGAUGCAACCUCCCCAAGUGGAAAAACCUCUUGGUCCAAUGCCACCUCAAAUGCAUGUUCCACAGGUAAGGUUUGAAGAUUUUUUUUUUUUGCGAGACUUGGAAAAUCUCUAAUCAUAACAGAACAUUUGUCUAAUCUUCAGUGAGCGUAAUAAAUGCCUCUUCCCCCCUCUCCUCCCCUACUUGAAUUAGUCCUCUCUGAUGACCAAGAUUUGUGAUAUAUUCCCCAUAUUCAUUCCCUACAUGAUUAUUUUAUCCUAAAGAAAAUUGUAUAUAUUCUAUCAUUUUUUAAAAUAUGUAAUUUAGGGGUAGCAUCCUCUAUGCUAAUAUUACUGUCCUGUUUCGUAGCAACCCCCUCCACCUGGAGCUGGACCAAUGGUGGAUCAUCGAGCUGCAGGUAUGUAAAUAUUUCCCUCCCCUCCCUCCUUUCAUCCUUUCCUCCUUUUUGUAGUCCUUCAUUUUUAUGUGUUCUGAACUGAGCAGUUAGUUCUGAAACCAUUUCAAGCUUCUUAAAUAACUGAGGAAGUCAAAGAAUUAGUUCUUCAACUGUCGCGUGGAAUAUUGUUUGCAUUUUCUUUAUAAUUGUCUCUAAACAUUUCCAAAGGUAUUGACACGGAGAUAUUUUUUAACAGUCAAGAGCUUUCUCAGUUGUUGAUCAUUUCCUUUAUUCUCAUGACCUUGAUGUGUGAUUCAGGGGUGAUGUUGUAAGGAGAAAUUAGAAACAGCAGUGCUUUCAAUAAGACAUGGCACCUGCCAGAGGUCCGGCUGGUAUUCUGUCGUGAAUUGCCAGGUAUACUUUGGAAGCUUUCAAGCAAACACACUAAGUGAAACCUAAAACACCUUGAGAUCUUCUAUAGUUCUGUCAGUCGAGUUUUACCUUUGUAAAUGAGUUUUUAUUAAAAUGACUGAUACUGUCUUAUCAUAUGUUCCAGCAUACAUUUCCAGCGAAAAAAGAGAUUUUAAGCUUCCAAGAUCAAAUUGGCUCGAAUUUCAGUAACCAGUAACUAUAUGUCCUUUCAGAGAAAUUUUUAAGUGAGACUUAGGAAGCAGGCUUGUAUGUCAGAAAAUAGAAGAAUUUGUUCAGACAUAAAUUGAUCAGUUAAACAAUUGUCAUAAAGGAGACGAAUAUUUGAUGAUCAUCUACGGAAGUUUAACACCAAAAACUCUGUUUGAAACUAGUUUAUUCUGAACUGAAGUAAUAGGAUUACAAGAGGGAAAUUGUUUUAAAUAUCAUUCUCAGGCAGGUGCUUUACCGAGGUAGCUACCUUCUUUAAGUCUUAUUGAAAGCACUGGAAGAGAGUCUUCCUAAGGGGUGUAGGGUUAAUCCUUUUUGUUGAAUUACAGGUAUGGUUCCAGGAUUCCCCAAAGCACCCGUUGCACCACAUGUGAAUCCAGCAUUCUUUCCUGAGGGGCCACCGGUAAGGUUCAUUUCAUCAGACACAAGUAAAAUAUUUGUGAUAUUGUACAGCUUUACACAUGUGAUGUGUACUGAGUGAUACAUGUUCACUUGUAUCUGGCUGUAACCUACUUUCAUUUUUGUUUUUUUUUUUUUCUAGCCAGAGACAUUCUUGGCAGCUGGAACUACAGGUGUCGGUGCAACACAAUUUUUGCCAAGGCCAGGUAAGCAGUGUUAACUCUCUUGAAAGGACAAACUAUUCAUCUGUAGGUAAACGUGUACUACACUCAACAUGAUUUUAAUGUGAUCUUAUAUGUUUUGGUGUCUUUAAUUUUUUGCAGGUGAUGAGUUUAGUGAGUCCAUGAAAAGAAAUCAAAUGCUAGCAAGCACCGCUAUCAAACGAGCUAUGUCCGAUGCUAAUGCUGGUAAGAUGCGUUAUAUAAGUAAAUAAGUUAUCAUCAUUGUUUUUCUUCAUAAAUUUUGCACUUAAAAAAAAUACUGAAAAACGUGAAACUUAUUUGCAAAUAAGAAGAUCAGACUCAUAAUGUCAAUUUAAGAUAAAACAACAGUAUACCAACCAACACAUAAUCUGAAUGAACAUCAUUUUUCUGAUAUCUUCAGAGUUCUCGGGGGAAAACUUUUGAAUGGAGAAAUUUUCCAUUAGAUCUGGCGAAACUAAUAGACUUGCCAUGAAAAUAGGCCAUUUUACAGUUGUGUACUUAGUUGCCAAGCCUUUGAUUUGGAGUAAGGCUGAAGGUGACUCUGUUGUGAUAGAGACCAGUAUCUAGUUAGCACGAUAACAAAGUAAUUUACAUUUGAAAAGUAGCAAGGUUUGUAUCAUAACGAGGUCACCCUUAGCCUCACUCCUGUUGAAAGGUUUGGCAAUCAAGCACGCAACUGUAAAAUGGACUAUUGUACAGGUCUCAAGGGUCUAUGGAAUUUUUUUGACGAGUAUCUCAUAGAGAGAACCGCCCUCAGUUUCCUUAUUCAAAACGUUUGUUAUUUGCGAUGUAUAUUGCAGGCAAUUUCAUCACGUUUGGUGCAGUUUUCAGGAAUAAUUGUCAGUUUAAUUGGAGCUCUGAUAUUCUAUUUACGAGUCAACGCAUUUUUGGCUAAAGCUACUGUUUUUUUUUUCUUCAUCGAAUAGGCGACUACGAGAGUGGAAUUGAAACACUAGUGGGAGCCAUAUCGCUUAUUAAACAAUCCCCAACGGCUGCAGAAGAGAGAUGCCAGGUAAAUCUCACAGUUUGCUAACGACUUCUUCGGAGCAGUAACAUAACCAACAAACCGAAUAGAACGACUUAACUCGAAUCAAAACUGAUUAAUCUUAUCAAACUUUCGCUCUGUGAUUCUUACAGCCAAUAAUGUCACGACGAAACUGGUCGAUCAGCUUUCACAAAUCAACUGACUCAUUUGUUCUUUUGUCCCGGAACUCUUCUCUAAACGUCUUGUAACAGGAGUUAGUCGACGUAAUGUAUAAACUAGCCGGUAGAACAGACGCAAUUUUUUUGCGUUUUUCAGACGAACGGAGGUAAACGCGAGGCGAGCGCAAAGAGCGAGUCACGCGGUAGGUGAGGAGCACUUCGCACUUCGCGCUCGUCUCGUGCUUGCCUCCGUUCGACUGAAAGAAGUUUUAAAAAAAAGUUGCGUUUGUUCUGUAGGCUAUUUACAAGCCGGUCCUUGACUCGUCCGUUCCUGACUUACUGAGGUACAAAUUAGUAUGACAGAAUAAACAGUAAAUUGAUGACUACUGUGGUUUUGUGAUAGGUCCUCGUACAGUCGUUACAGGAUUGUUUGCAAGGACUGGAAAUGCAGCUACUAGAAAGGAGGUAAAUAUCUGCCCAAGUCUAGUUUGUUAUUUUUUUUUUUUGCAAGACCUCUGUGAGUUUAGCCAAUCUUGAAUAGUUAUUCGCUCUUUUGGUUGACAAUUACUCCUAUGUACUUCAGGUCGACUGGCAGUAAACACCAUUACAGCGACAAAGAUGAUUACGAGGGCGAAACCAGAGAAAAACGUCACAGACGCAGACGGUCACGGUCAAGAUCGCGUGAUAGGGACCGAAGGUCAAGAUCACGUGACAAACGUUCGAGAUCGCGUGACAGAGAUCGCCGUCGCCAUAGAUGAGAAAACAAGCGCGAAAGAUAUUUCACAUACUUCUGAUUUCGUUUGUUCUUUUAGUUUCUUUUGGCGGUUUUAACUGCAAUUGUAAAUAUGCAUUUAGGGAGUGACUUUGUUUCCGGCUAUCGUGCGAUGUUUUUUCCAUCCUCAUUUGUCGAGACAGUCUCAAGGUUUUUUUCCGCCGGAAAGAUUGCUAUGUUUACGCCCUUUAGAGAGCUUUGGGAGCUUGUAUCGAAGAGUUGUAAGUAGAUGUCAAAUAAAAUCACGAGGAAGUCUUAUUCUGGACUGGGCUGUUGUUUGUUUCAGCAUAAUGGGAAAACUUUGAUUGAAGGUAUUUUCUUCCACUCUGAUUGGAUGUUGAAAUUAACUUUUGCUUUGAUUUUACGACACUCACUCUAAAAGCACUGUAGUGUAUGCGUAUUGUCUCCACCUGUCCUCUAUCAAAAUUCAGGAUCUGUGAAAACUCUCUCUUUUAGCUCUUUGCUUAAAUGUGGAUCUCGUCUCUCUUUUGAGGUUACGAGUGAUGGUAAGGAACAAUGGAAUGCGGAACUUCACCUGAUUUUGACUUGUUGUUAGUUGUUUUUUAUUUCGGGUAUCUUCGUAGUUAGACAUUCUCAUCAGAGAUUAUUGGGCGCAAGAUGGCGCGUGAUUAAAAACAAACCUUUUCUUUGCAGAAAUAUCUUGACAGGUGUGAUCGGCGCAUCAUGAAAACUUAGACGAAAAUUAUUGUCUUUGAAGAGGGAGCAUUUUACCGUUUGAAUCAGCAAAUUACGCCCAGUAGAUCCGUAGAUACAAUUAUCCAGUUCUUAACGUGACACAACAAAAGAAAUGAACAUCUCAAAAUAAUUCCAUAGCGGUGUCCUCCGGUGCGUAAAAAUUUUUUUAUAUGAAGAGGAAGCAUUUUAUCAUUUGUAUUAGCAACUGAUGCAAAAAAAAGCUACUAAAUUUGGGAAACGAGUAGGGUCCGAAGUUUAACAGGUGACCUUAUUCGAUGGAAUGAUGGGACAGUGGAAUGGCAGAAUGACGGAAUAUCCUAGAACGUGGAAUGUCUUAUUGUAUAAAACAAAAGUCUCACAAAAAUGGGACCGCAAUUAAUUAAAGUAAGUGUCAAUUAACAGGCAAAAGUAAAAGAAGACUAGUUUAAUCAUUAUUGGAGUAUCAUUAGUAGUACUAUUAUUAUUAUUAUUAUUAUUAUUAUUAUGAAUAUUAUUAUUAUUACGAAUAUUAUUAAUAUCAUAUGUUACGAUUUAAUUCUUGGUUGAAUUCCAAUUAAUCACUUAACUAGUCUAUUCCGCAUCUUACAUAUUUAUGAGUACCCUGUGGAACAGGGUACUCAUAAAUAUGUAAGAUGCGGCAGGUUUUCUUUUUGCAUGUGAAUGCACAUCUCCGCAACUCUACCUUCUGGCGUAAUUACACAACUUCUAGUUUCUUUGAAUGCUACAAAAAUUGUCCUACAUUAGUAGCCACGUGCAGUCUUAGACUGCUUAUUUUUUUCCUUGACCUACAAGAUAUGAACUCUGGAACUCUGAUUAAAAAAAAAAUCCCAAUUUCGCAGCAAUCUUGUUCCCAGGAGCAUCUCGGUUUUCAAAUUUCUCUUGCGCCGCCAUUUUGAAAACCCAAAGGCCCUUGGGGAAGGGGUUGGCUUAGGUUUGGUUGUAGUUUUAGUUUCACCUGUCCUUCUGACACAAACACAGACGCGUUUGACGGACAGCUGAAACAGAUAAACAAAAGCACCGAGCCAAUAUGUACAAUAAAAACCUUUUGACACUUCAAUAUUCAAUAAAAAAGACUCAGUUGGCGCAAACUAGAAGAGUAAUGGCCAAAGAUAAUAUAGAAUUUCUUGCGCUGAAUUCGAGAUUUUUUCCGAUUUCUUGCACAAUACUGACAAGAUGAUUUUAAUUUCAGUCUCUGAAGGAGGCACAUAUUGGCAUCACAGCAAACGAAUACUCAAAUAAAUGCAAAUGACUUUUAAUGUUCUCUCGUUACUUGUCAUAUUCAAUUUUGAGCGAAGCUGUUGUAUGGCAACAUAUGGCCGUAGGUGGCAAAAUCGAUAUUCAAUAGCUAGAGAGUUCGUUCGUCUGUAAAAUAAGCAACUAUAAGUGUGACAUACUAACAAGGUGUUAAAUUUAGUGAGGAAAUCUGUUGAGGAGAUGAUUUGUGGGGAUUUGAUCAAAAUAUUUACGUAAGCCGCCAAGAGGAACUCACAAAAAUGUCAUAAUUUAUUGAUAUCCGCAGAGUUCUUAUCUUUCUUUUAUGUGGAAUAUUUAACGAGCUGCGUUAUUAAAUUCUGCCGGUUGCUAUCGUGUUGCUAGGCUAACAAGACUGCUUCAAAGUCAAAACACAAAACGAGUCUGGUUUCACUUUUUGAAACGGAUUCUGGAAAGGCAAAACUUUUAACGCGGUUGCGAGAAAAAGUCGUUUAUUGAGAGAACUCUGUGAAAAUGGCCCAGUCUUCGAUAAUUGCCGGAGUCAUCGUGGAAGACAUAGCAAGACAUCUAAACUGUCGACUUUGCAGGAGAUUAAUUCGAACGCCGAAACUUUUGCCUUGCCUACACUCGUUUUGCCAAGUUUGUAUCCAAGGCUUUGCAGAGAAACUCGUUCCGGGCGAAUUUCUGGCUUGUCCACUGUGCGAAACAGACGCUAAAGUUUCAAAGGAAGAAUUGGAAGAUCUACCGACAAAUUUCUUUCUCGAUAAUAUGUUGGAUAUUGCUUUGAUAAACUCGAGCGACAGAGAACCGGUUCCUUGCUCAAAUUGCGACUCGCUAAACUCUCCGGCAACCUCUCGAUGCGUGGACUGCGGCGAGUUUCUUUGCCUGAAUUGCUACAACGUUCACAAAAGGAUUCGCCAGACGAAAGAACACAGGAUUUUGACAAUUUCCGAACUUCUUGCCAGUAAAACUGGCGAGGAUUUACACCGUCCUGCUUUCUGUAGGAUACAUCACAGCGAGCCCUUGAAAUAUUAUUGUGAGACCUGCAAUGAAGCUGUGUGCCGAGAUUGCGUGUUGAUUGAACAUCGACAACACAAGUACGACUACAUUAAAGACUCCAAAAAGAUACAAAAACAAAAGGCUGUCAUGGAGAAUUUGUUUGAAGAGUGCUCGGGGAACAUUCCGUUUUUGGAAAAGUCUAUCAAGGAAAUCCAAAGUAUUUCUGACACGUUGCGAGGAAGGCUUGCGGCAGUUAAAGCUGAAAUUCGGGAGGCCACUUUACAUCAGAUCAAAGUUCUAAAGGAAAAAGAGAGACAAUUACUGAUGGAGGCCGACAAAAUUUACAACGCAAAGUCGCCUAUUCUAAAACGCCAAAAAGACCAGCUCCAAGAUGAAUUCACGAAAUUUAAGACAGGUUGUGAUUUUUCAGAGCAGGUUUUAAAAUACGCGAACGAAGUGGAACUGCUGUCGUUAAAAACUCCCAUAACAGAAAGGUUGACGGAACUGAAUAAUACAAAACUUGAUUGUAAACCACACGAAAACUCCGAGCUCAAAUACGAAGUAAACAGUAAGGAAGCAGAGCCUGUGGUCGCUCACUCUUUGGGAACUCUUAAAACCAGUGGGCCGCAUUUAGUACUGGAAGACAUGGAGGUGGCGCCAACAAUGAAUGGGAGUACGAACGGGUACAGCGAAGAUACCGUUACAAGGGAGGUACCCCUCUCUGUGGAGUUAAGAGACCCCAAUGGGGUUCUAUUACCACCCGAGACAAUUCAUCAAGGUAAGUUGUUGUUUACCUAUGCAGAUCUAGAUCGUCCACUGCGCUCGAUCUGUUUAAUCUUCCCCAUCCGUAGCCAACCGUGGUUUUUGUUGCCUCUUUGAUAUUUUCCUAUCUCGCCCAGAUGAUAUUUUUCAGUCCCCUAAGGUUAGUUUCAAUCGUCACAAAACUUCACUCACAACACUAUUUGCAUGAUAGCCCCAUUAAAAGAAAAUUAUUGCACUCAAGUUUGAGGCGAGUCACGUCCUUAUAUUUCAUCCUAACCGGAUGUCCUUUCUUAUGUCAAAAACGAUGGUUUGAAAUUUUAAAUUUUUACGAGUGGUAAAAUUUGUGAAACUUAGUUCUUUUAUUUCACUGAUUUUAAAUUCUUCAUUAAGUUCAGUUUUUAAAUGACUGAAAAAAUUGAGGAUCUAUGAACAGUAUUUCUAUGCGAGUAUUCUGUCACUGGGUUACUGUGAGUUUGAUACCUGUAGUUGAAUUUAUUUUUCUCAGCGCGACCCAAUUUUCCGCUGUUAUUGAAAGUUAAUUUUCGCCUAGAGAACAGUUAAAUAUGUUUAAUAACCCGAAGAGAGAAAAUCGUGUCAUUCAGUCCCUUGAUUUAACAGCGAUGGUUGUAAUUUAGUGCUUUCUUUCAAUGGAAUAUAUUUUUUUGUUGUUCGUAUGGCUUCGGCAUGCUUUGUGCUAAGGCGAUAAAUCUGAGCGGAAAAAAUUCUGUCCGCAUCUUACAAUGCGAACCUCGAACUCAGUUAGUUAAAAAUUAUUCCGUGAGUAAAUGUCGGAUAUUGGAUGGUAAAUAGCUAACGAGGUGCGUAGCGUCGCGUUGGCAAUAACAAAUCUCGUAUCCAACAGACGCGAAUAAAAUAAUUGUUUUAUUAAAUAAAAUGAUCCACAUUGCACGGGAGAAGUGAUUGUUACCAGCCAAAAGUAAAUCCAGCUUGGCAACAGUAUUGGGUAAAUUAUUUUCCAUACAAGGUAACUCGGUAUAUAUAUAUAAGCUGAUAACCAGUGCCGAGUGAGCCAAUAUAACAGUAGAAAUGCAAUAAUCGGAGUUUUAAAUUUAGUAAUAAGAGGUAUAUAUUUCAUGUCGUAAAAUAGGUUGUGGUUAUUCAUCGUGCUAAAUAACACUUCAAAAGAGAAAUAUAAUCGUUGUCUCACAAUGUGGUCACUUCGUAUGUGGAUCGUAUAUAAUUAAUGUAAGGUAAACUUAAUGUCGUAAUUUUUUUCUUGUUCUGUUUCUUUCUCAGCUGAUGGUCAGUCAUUCUCUGCAUAUCAUCCUUUCUUUAAUGGAAAUUUCUCGUUUUCUGUGUUUAUUCGCGGACAAGUCGUGGAAGGCUUUCCGCUGGACAUAAAUAUUGGUGAUAUAAGGCCUCGUGUUCGAAGCGCCAAGAGAGCAAUCGCAGGGAGUGGGUCUAAGUUUGGAAGGUUAGGAGAUCCCCAGGGGGUGGCAGUGAGUGAAGAUGGCAAUGUUAUCGUCAGCGACUCGCGGAAUCAUCGUCUGCAGGUAAGUAAAGCACAUUGAUGACCACAAAGAGCAAAUAUGACUGAAUCUUCAGGUGUUAAAGUACUUGUGUUUUAAAUCGCGAAGGAUUCUGUACUGUCCAGUGUUUGGUUAUAUAGUUUCCUCACUCAGGCCGUGAAAUCAUUAACACACCCUCGAAUUUGACCUGUAAAAACAUAAAAUCCUGACUUUGGAACAUGUAUGCUCCAUGGUUGGAUAUCGAGUCGGCUUUUUCUACUAGGGUGAGUGAUGUUAUUACCUAAAAACUUUACAUCCUAACGCAAGUGUGCGUUUUUUUUCCAUACUGUUCUCCAUAUAUCUCCCCUUGUUAUGACAAGAAAAUUUUGUUUCACUGUCAAUUAAGAGCUCCUUUAGUUCACGAUCAUUGCUGUUACUCUCGCAACCUUAAUGUUUUAUUCAGGAGGGAUACUGUAAGCUGCAAGUCGCACUUAGGGGUAAAAGGUUUGAAUAAUAAGGCUUCAAUACUAAUUUUUGACAAGCUCGAUGUUCAGCGCGUGAAGAAUUGAAGAAUUUUGAUUUGACAGGUUUUUAAGUUUUCCAUGAUCAUUUUGAAAGGCUUUUUAGUAUGGUAAUUAGAGAAUCGUCAAAAUAUAGCCGUCUUAAGCUCGCACUCGCUCAACAACGCUUGAUUAUUUUUGUGGAUUUAUUCUGGUAUGUCUUUUCCCUGUGUUUGUGUGGUAGGUUUUUGACAUGGAUGGAAACUUCCAGUUCCUCUUCGGCGCACCCGGAAGUCGAGAAGGUCAUUUCCAGUUUCCCAGCGGUGUAGCCGUGACCAGUGAGGGGGACAUUGUUGUAGCAGAUACCAUGAACAAUAGAAUCCAGGUAAAUCGUAUUGCAAGGCACUUUUCAUGUCCUCAAGAAAACGAUUGGCCUAACUGAUCGAGUUUGACGCCCAAUUGAAAAUUACUCAAUUUCUCUGUAGAUUUUUACGAAAGACGGAAAGUUUAUUAAAAAGUUUGGUAAAGAAACGAUGGAAGGAGAACGCCUCUAUCAGCCAUACGGAGUAGCUGUCGACAACCAAGGUCGUAUCUUCGUCGUAGACCGCGGCAAAGCUCGAGUGGUAGUUUUCAACGAGAAAGGUCAAGUUCUAUUCACGUUUGGUAGCCUUGGCGAUGGAAGAGGACAAUUCAACUGCCCUUCAGCUGUGGCAGUAAACAGUAAAGGCCACGUGAUCAUUACUGACUUCGGAAACGACCGGGUGCAGGUUUUCGGCUCGAAAGGCCAGUUUCUAUUCAAGUUCGGAAAGAGCGGGAAAGCCGACGGCGAACUUAACUGGCCAACUGGAGUAGUUACGGAUGCCGACGAUCACAUCAUCGUAAGCGACUCGUAUAAUCAUCGUAUUCAAAUUUUCAACGAGGAUGGUUCGUUUAUGACCCGAUUCGGAAGCGAAGGGAGUAAGAGAGGGCAGUUCAAGAGACCAGAAGGAGUGGCUGUUACGAAACAGGGAAACAUCGUUGUUGCUGAUUGGGGUAAUGACAGAAUACAGGUGUUUUGAAGCUUUGGCCACAGUAAUGCUGUAUUUCGUAGUUUUGAAUCGAACUUUGACUUAAGGUAAAUUGACCGUCUGAAAAAUAAGCAUAUUUGUUACCUCGGCAUGCAAACGAACUCAUCAAGCGCUGGAAAACGCAAGUAAAAUUUGCAAGUAGUUGUUCUUUUGUUUCUGGUUGUUUUAGAGGAUGAAACGAGUUUUUUGUUUGUAUCAAUAAAAGAGCGUAGCUAGGCAAAACCAAUUCAAUAUCAACCUAGCAAGUGGUAUAAAUAACGAAGGACAGUUUGUUUUUCUUUCUUGUAAGUGUAACUCGUCAUCACUUCUUGCAUCGAUGCGAACAACUGGAAACAGAGCAAAAAGUAACGAUUACUUUGAAAACCUUUCGUGGUUUGAGUGAAGUGGAUAUUGUAGAGUCUUUUGUGAGAGCCAUACUAGAUAAUUUUUGAGUGAUAAAUCAUUAUGACUGCACAGCGAAAACAAAUGAACACCUUUUUUAACAGCCGGAACCAUCUUAUCGGUAGUGAAACAAUAAAAUUGAGACAAGCCUGCCGUAUGAAUUAAGCGCACUUCUUUUUCAAGUGUUUUCAAUAGAACAAAUUAUUCCCAACACAUAGUACAAUUUAUCCACAGCGUAGAAGCUAAUCCCUAUACUUGAAGAAUAACCACAGCGAAAACAAAUGAACACCUUUUUUAACAGCCGGAACCAUCUUAUCGGUAGUGAAACAAUAAAAUUGAG